ACUUAUGUCAUUGUCACAUUUGACGUUCCUGACGGGUUUUUGUUUUGGCAUCGAACAAUUAGUUUAUUUAUUUUAUUUAACUUUUGCACAAGAAAAUAGCUAUGUGCUUUUCGGAAAAUGUGACACAUUUACUGAGACUAUUUUAUGUCUAACAAGGCCCAACCGUCAACCAUGCCGAAUAAAGCAGAGCCCAACCGUACCCAGGUAGCGGAGGUCAAAGUAGUGCCAGUGGUACAAAAUGUGACUCCAAGCAAGACUGCACCUGGAGCCGUAGCUGCAAAGACUAGUAUUGCUAAGGCAACCACAAAAGAUAGCGCAAUGUCACCAGGCGCUGCUCCAGCCGCGCACUCCAGCAGCGAGCUGUUGGGAUCCCUGACCACGCAGCAGCAACAGCGCACUAGCGCCCGUGUCAUUAAAAAGUUGAGGACGGAACCAGUCCCUGAUCCUGACAAGAGAGAUAUACCAGAAUGCGACACCCCAAGCAAAAUCGACGAGAAAGAACUAAAAUUCCCCACAGUCAAACAGCGCAUGCCCAAAGCUCUCUGGUCGGCUGACGAGAAGAGUCUGUUCUUCGAGGCUUUAAACGAGUACGGCAAAGACUUCGAUGCCAUCACCACUCACAUUUGUGCCAAGAUGAAGAAGAAAGGCAUGCCAGACGUGAACCUGAAGACGAAGACUCAAGUCAGCCAUUUUUAUUACAGGACCUGGCAUAAACUGUCGAAACAUGUGCAUUUCGGGGAAAACGUGAAGAAAGUAGCCCAAGAGCUCUACGCUCUCAUCAACUACGGUGAGCUCAGAAAGAAACUGGUAUCUGUGAGCGAAAAGACUUGCGCACGGCUACACGAGAUGGUGCUAAGCGGCAGCAUGGUGGUUCGACACCGUGGUAGGAACGUCCGUGUUCGGACUCCUAUGUGCCGUGCGUUGCGAAGAUUGAAUCAGAUUACAGAGCGGUCGCUGGCGGUGGGCGUGUGCGCGCUGGCCACGGUGUGGCUGCGCGCGCGCUCGGCGAGCGCGUGGGCGCGCGUGCAGGCCGCGGCGCACAACCCGCGCGCCUGCGUGCAGCUGUCGCCGCGCACCAAGCUGCACGCGCUGCUGAGGGCGCUGGACAAGCGGUGGCAGGGGAAGGUGAAGCUUCAUUGUAAACCAAAGUUGGAGAAUAUAGUAGAGAUGGAACCUGAAGAGCCGGAACCGCCUCGGCCUGAAGAAAAUGAAGAUGACCUGGAAGACCACCUCAACUUGGAGCCCGACAGGAUUAUAGUUCAAGAACAAAAGUUAGCAAAACGGCCGGUGCUUCACGUGGGCCCGCGGCCCACUGCGACCGUCCGACUGCCAGUAGUGCGCGCCAGCGAGCAGCUCUCCAGCCAGAAGAUAUGCUUCUCUAGCUACCUCCAGCGCAUGUAUUCACAGGACAAGGAAGCCACCAAAAUCCGCACUCCAAAACGGCACCGUAAAGACAGCAGUGAAAAAGACAAGGAAUUGGAACAGAAACGGCCGCGGCUGGAAGAUGAACCUAAACUCGAUAUCGACGAAACGGCCGUCGACGGGAUCGAACUCAUGGCCAACUAUAAGACAAAUCAGGAGGAUGAAGAAAAACCUAGCACCGAAGACGAGAAAGAGAUAAAAUCCGAAGAAACCGCCGAAGAAGAGGGGGAUAAAGAAGGUGAAAGAGACAAAUAUAUGUCCGAGAGAGAGAAGGAUAGCUUUUCUGAGAUGGAAGAUGACGAGAAGUACAUCAAGAGCGACAGUGACAACGAAAGUGAUAAAGAUAAAGGAGAGAAGAAGACAAAAUUUAAGAAUUUAAAGGUGAAAUUCCGCAUACGCCCCAAGAAACGCGGCGGCACCAUCUACACCCUAGUCAACGAGGAUGAACCGAAAACAGAAGAGCCCAAGGAAGAGGAACCUCCUGACAUUGACGUUGACAGCGCUGUCAAACAAAUCAGGAAGGGGUGGAGUGUGUACGAUGCGGGCGAUCUUACUAUUGGGGACUUGUAUCUUAUGUUCGGCGCCCGCUCCAAACUCGACCUAGACUACUGGUGGGCGGAGCCCACCCCUCCCCUCCCCAAAAAGGAGCUCGACAAGACCCCUCCCCAAGAGAAACGGCCGGAGCGCACCCCCGACAAGGGCACGGACAGCUCGGUCGAAGAUGAGAGAGAGAGACGGGAGAGUGACUCUGAUAUGUUCUCUCCUAAGGCGUCCGGGCAGGAUAGUAACGAUGGCUCUGGUGACGAACGGAAAACGGAGCACCUAGUUUCGUCCCCGGAACGAAAGCCAAGCCUCAGCAGCCUGAACCUCGCCGGAAAACUGAUCAACCGGCCUGCGCCUGCGCCGCCUGACGACGGCUUCAGCCAAGUUAGCGAGAGACUGAAACGGUUGUUAGCGUUGGCGGGAAACCCGCACGUCGGAGGGGCGCUCGCCCGCUGCUCGUGUGGCCACGUCUGCUCACAGCGGAAACAUCAGGCCAAGCCGCCGCUGGCGCCGGCGCGGCCCGAGCCGCUGUUCCGCCACCCCACGCCCAUCGCGCCCAAGCCCGCCAGCGAGCCGCCGCUAUCGAUGUCACUAUCGGACCUGCCCCGCUGGCGCCGCGGCCGACCGCGCGCCGCCGACCGCCGCGUCGUGGUGCAACGUCUGCUGCCCUUGUUACCGAAGCUGCCUCCACCUAGCAACCUGAUCCCGGUGAAGAUCGUCCCGAAUUCGCCACCGGUGCCGCCGCGUAUCUUGCCCAAGCCACCGCCUACAUCCACCAACGACCUGUCACUCUUCUACGUGCUGAGCGAGUCGAACGGUCAAUUCUUCUUUCAUGAUGGCGACCGCCGCAUACCCAUUUCGGCGCAGGACGAUAAUGAAGAAAGUAUUAACACUGAAGAAGAAAUCCAAGACGAAUCGUACGACUCUAAAGAAGACACUAAAGAAUUCAAAAUCGACAUAACCGCGACGGAGGUCGAGAAACGAGUGGCAAGCAAGCCUGACGAGAAUGAGCCGACCGAGCCGAGCGCUGAGCCUAGUCAGCCGAGUGACUCGAGUCAAACUAGUGAGAAGGAGAAGAAAGCUGAAGGCGGAGAUAUUGCGAACUUCCUGCCGUCGGAGUCCAUGUCGCUGUCCCCCUCGCGUCUCCUGGCCGGCGACGGCUGGCUGGCGGGCGCGCACGACUUCAGCCUCAGCUCGUUCCUCGGCCAGCUGGAGCCCGCGCCCUCCGAGCAGGUCAGUGCUGUUUCCUGACUUCCUGCGUCGGAGUCCAUGU